GUUGUGCUGUCGACAACAGUGAACGUUGAUGGGCACGUGCUGGCCGUGUCGGACAACAUGUUUGUGCACAACAACUCCAAGCAUGGGCGGAGGGCAAGGAGACUCGACCCCUCGGAAGCCACCCCGUGCAUCAAGGCGAUCAGCCCAAGUGAAGGCUGGACUACGGGGGGGGCAAUGGUGAUCAUUAUUGGAGACAACUUCUUUGAUGGGCUGCAAGUUGUAUUUGGAACCAUGCUGGUGUGGAGCGAGCUCAUCACGCCUCACGCCAUUCGAGUUCAGACGCCUCCACGUCACAUUCCCGGCGUGGUGGAAGUGACACUAUCCUACAAAUCCAAGCAGUUCUGCAAAGGCGCGCCGGGCAGGUUUAUUUACACAGCUUUAAAUGAACCUACCAUAGAUUAUGGUUUCCAGAGGCUGCAGAAGGUCAUCCCGAGACACCCUGGUGACCCUGAAAGACUAGCUAAGGAGAUGCUGUUGAAACGAGCUGCUGACCUCGUGGAAGCACUGUACGGAACGCCACACAACAACCAGGACAUCAUUCUGAAACGGGCGGCGGACAUCGCCGAGGCGCUCUACAGCGUCCCCAGGAAUCCGGCACAGAUCCCGGCGCUGUCUAGCUCUCCUGCUCACAGCAGCAUGAUGGGAAUCAACUCCUACGGCAGCCAGUUAGGAGUCAGCAUUUCUGAGUCGGCACAGGGGAACAACCAAGGCUACAUCCGUAACACGAGCAGCAUCUCGCCCCGAGGUUACUCCUCCAGUUCCACACCCCAGCAGUCCAGCUACAGCACUUCCAGCAAUAGUAUGAACGGCUACAGCAACGUCCCCAUGUCGAACCUGGGCGUCCCGGGCUCACCCGGAUUCAUCAACGGCUCUCCAACAGGAUCCCCCUAUGGAUUGAUGUCGUCAAGCCCAACAGUCGGCUCCUCCAGCACCUCCUCCAUCCUUCCGUUCUCCUCGUCCGUCUUCCCUGCUGUCAAACAGAAGAGUGCCUUUGCUCCUGUCAUCAGACCCCAAGGGUCUCCCUCUCCAGCCUGCUCUAGCGGCAAUGGAAAUGGGUUCAGAG